UGACUAAUAAUUGUCUUUACAAUGGCUGCGCCAGUUCUCCCCUUGCCGCAGGUGAAGCUGCCCACCACUCCCACCACCCGACUCACCCCAGAACAGCUAUACUGGAGGUCGUUCAAGUCUCUCUUGCUCCUCUCCUCCCCCUCCAACACGCCUAUAACACACAUCUCCCAGCCACUUGCGCCGACGUCUUCUUCCUUACCCGCUGCAAUUCAACCUCCAGACAUCUUCACCGUAACCACCGGCGCGCGAGUCCAGAUAUAUUCCAUCCGAACUCGCAAGCUACUCAAGACCAUCACACGCUUUGAUGACAACACACGCUGCUCGGAUGUGCGGUUUGACGGCCGUGUUCUGGUUGCCGGAGAUGAGACUGGUGCCGUACAGGUAUUCGACGUCAACUCAAGGUCUAUACUGCGGACAUGGAAGGAACACAAGCAGCCAACAUGGGUAGCCAAAUUUUCGCCUUCUUGUGCUACAGAUCUGUUGACUGCCAGUGACGACCGGACUGUUCGACUGUGGGAUUUGCCUAGUGAGAAGAGUGUGAGGAGUUUUGCUGGACAUUCAGACUACGUUCGAAGCGGCACGUUUAUGCCUGGAGCUCAGUCGUCGAACUUGGUUAUCUCUGGCAGUUACGAUCAGACCGUCAGGCUAUGGGACACCAGGGCGGAAGGCCGGGCGGUGAUGACGUUCAAGCUGCCUGCGCCGAUAGAGAGCGUGCAGCCCAUGCCUCUGGGCACGACGGUUCUGGCCUCUGCAGACAACCAGGUUGCCGUCCUGGAUGUUGUUGCCGGAAAGCCUCUACACAUGAUCAACAGCCACCAAAAGACCGUCACCUGUCUGUCAGUAGCUUCUCACGGAAGCAGAGUCGUCAGUGGCUCGCUCGACGGCCACAUGAAGGUCUUCGAGACGACCGGCUGGAAUGUUGUUGGAGGGUCCAAAUACCCAUCUCCUAUCCUAUCCUUGGGCGUCGUCAGCUCGGGACCCCAGAGAGAGGACAGACAUAUCGUGGUAGGCAUGCAAUCCGGCGUUCUCUCGAUCCGCACACGGCUCUCAGGAGAACAAAAGGUCCGUGAACGAGAACGGGAACGAGAGAUGAAAGCUCUCCUUGAAGGAAAACUAGAAGAGCACGACCGUCAAGUUGCAAAGAAGAACAAGCAGAAGGCUCGUGGACAAGGCUGGGAGAAACGGCUGCGUGGAAUGGACUUUGUCGGUGAAGGGAUCGAUAUCGUCAUUGACCCCGACCAGGGGGGAAAGAAAAAACGUAAGCGUGAAAGUGCAUGGGAAAAUGACCUGCGCAAGGGCAGAUACAGCAGUUCGCUAGACAGAGUACUCGAGACGGGCGAUAAGAUCACUAUCAUCACAUUGCUCACUGCAUUACGACACCGGGCCGCUUUACGCACCGCCUUGGCUGGUCGAGAUGAAACAACCCUGCAACCCAUCCUAAAAUGGGUAUAUAAAGCCAUUCCUGACCCACGACUGGUCGACUUGAGUGUUGAAGUGUCUAUGAAUAUUUUGGACAUAUAUUCUGCGCAUCUCGGGCAGUCAGUGCACAUCGAUAACAUGGUGCAUAAGCUACAUCGACGGGUAGAGGAGGAGGUUGAUCGAGCCCAGCAGGCAUGGCAGACAAGAGGAAUGUUAGAUAUGCUGAAAGCGUGA